AUGAGUAAAGCGUGGUCGCCAAAUGAAGACAAAAUUCUUGCUAGACUUGGCAACCGAGAAAAUAUGAGAAAGAUGAGAGCAACCUAUUUGAAUCACAAAACGGCAAAACAAUGUGCUGAUAGAUUGAGAAACAUCCGGGAAUAUGUCGACGGACCAUUUGCUCCUUUCGAAUGCGAUAUGAUUCGGCAUUUGUAUCAAAAAUAUGGCCCUCGAUGGGGAAGAAUGUCUGAAGUUCUCGACCGCUCUCCUCAAACGAUUAUGGAACGCUGGCAGACUAUGGACCAAGAGGCUGCAAAAAUACGCAAAAAAAUGGCUAUUUCAAGACUUCUUUCUUAA